AUGGAAAAGGGUGAGAAAAGUGUAGAAUUGAUUUCCCCAGAACCCAUGACAAAAGAGAUGAGUUCAUACGAUUGUGAUAUCUGUAGAAAGUCCUUCCUUCAAAAAUGUGACCUAACUAUGCACAAACGUAUUCAUAGAGGAGAGAAACCCUAUCCUUGUGACAUUUGUAGUAAAUCGUUCUCUUGCAGUAGUAAGUUAUCUCUACACCAACAUAUUCAUACAGAAGAGAAACCCUAUCAGUGUGAUGUCUGUGAUAAAUCAUUCUCUGAUAAUGGUGCUCUAACUAAACACAAACAAAAACACAAACCUAUUCAUACAGCAGAGAAUCCGUAUCACUGUGAUAUUUGUGGUAAAUCAUUCUCUGGCAAUUGUGCCUUACUAUUGUAUGCCGUUGUGAAAGGAAUAUCAACGCCUUCCAACACUCAGAAGGAUUGUAGACGUCAGACACCCCAGUUUUCGGGUGCGGAGAUAACGAAUCUGAAAAAGAAUUGGCAUUUCAAACGUUUAAACAACAAUGUCAAAUUAUAUUUCUGGACAAAGGCUAAUCGUAUUCAUACAGGAGAGAAACCAUAUAAUUGUAAUAUCUGUGGUAAAUCAUUUUCUCAAAGUAUUCACUUAUCUAAACAUAAACGUAUUCAUACAGGGGGAAAACCAUAUCAUUGUGAUAUUUGUGGUAAAUUGUUCUCACAAAGAAAUCACUUAACUGAACACAAACGUAUUCAUACAGGAGAGAAACCAUAUCAUUGUGAUAUCUGUGGUAAAUCAUUCUCUCAAAGUAUUCACUUAACAAAACACACACGUAUCCAUACAGGAGAGAAACCAUAUCAUUGUGAUAUUUGUGGUAAACCAUGCUCUAAUAAUAGUGCCUUAACAUCUCACAGACGUACCCAUACAGGAGAGAAACCAUAUCAUUGUGAUAUCUGUGGUGAAUCAUUCUCUCGUAAUACUACCUUAACUACACAUAAACUUAUUCAUACAGGAGAAAGACCAUAUCAUUGUGAUAUCUGUGGUAAAUCAGUCUCUCUAAGUCAUCACUUCACUGUACACAAACGUAUUCAUUCAGGAGAGAAGCCAUAUCACUGUGAGGUCUGUGGUAAAUCAUUCUCUCAAAGCAGUAACUUAAUGAAACACAUACGUACUCAUACAGGAGAGAAACCAUAUCAUUGUGAUAUCUGUGGUAAAUCAUUCUCUAGUAACAGUAUCUUAACUACGCAUAAACGUAUUCAUACAGGAGAGAAACCAUAUCACUGUAAUAUCUGCGGUGAAUCAUUUUCUCGUUAUAGUAUCCUAUCUACACACAGACGUAUUCAUACAGGAGAGAAACCAUAUCACUGUGAUAUUUGUGGUAAAUCUUUCUCUCAAAAUAAUAGGUUAACAAAACACAAACAUAUAUUUGGGAGAAAUGAAAAGGGUAGUUUCUAGUUUCUUAUUUGCUAUAUAUAUUUAAUAUUCCUGUGUGUUAUGCAAUGGAAUUUAUGAUUAAAGUAUUUCCAAAAAUGU